GAAAUUAAAUACCUUAAUUUUGCAUUUUUAUCUAAUUUUCUAACUCUUUAACAGUAUGCACAUUGAAGAAUUAGAAAAGACAAGUCUUAUUGAUGUGCGAAAAAGACAUCAGGAGGGAUUUUCCUCUUGGUUCAAGCAGUAUGUUGGCCGCUUAUGUGUCGAUGGUUUGAUCACAACGACAGAUCAUUUAUAUGUGUUGGGUUUAGGUCCUGAUAUACGAGUUACUAGGUAUAGUGGUAUAAUUGCGAAUGGAGUUAGAUUUCACACAACUGAACGUGAUAGUUUCCGCCGGACUCAAAAUAGUGGGGUUUCAGUUAAGGGAGAGCAUAAUUUGAAAGAAAUUGAUUUUUUUGGUGUGCUAACAGAUAUAAUUGACCUACAAUAUAUUCAUGGAAAUCAUGUUUUUUUGUUUAAAUGUGAUUGGUGGGAUGUUGGGGAUAAAAAAAUGGGAUUAAAACAUAUGGUAAUUUACAUACCAUUAACACGAGCCGUAAAUGGUACAAAAAUGAUCCUUUUGUGUUAAUAUCUCAAGUACAUCAAGUUUUCUAUGUCAAUGAUAUGAAAAAUGGGGGUCCUUGGAAAAUUAUGCAAAAAUCAUAUCCUAGGAAUAUAUAUGAUGUCCCAGAGAAGAAAGAAUCAUACAAUGAAGAUUCAGUAUUAAAUGAUGAGCCUUAUCAACAAUAUGAGACUGAUUAUCUUCAUGAAGUUGAACAAGUUGAUGGUGAAGAUUUAGAAUCUUUGCACCAUAUCGAUGUACUUCCAGAUGAAGUUGAUGCUAGUGAUGUGCUUCAAAUUCAAAGGUCAAAUUCAGUGGAAGAGCAUUAUAACAAAGGUUCUAGUGAUGAAGAGGAUGAUACUAUGAUUAAUUAUGAUGAUGAUAGUGAUGAAAAUGAUGAUGAAGAUGAAGAUGAAGAUGAAGAUGAAGAUGACGAAUAGUGUUUUUAAAAAAGUGUAUCAAUGCGAUUUGGCUUAUGUGUUGCUGUACUUUUGGUCGCUAAAAUCAUUGUUGCUGCUGCGUCUCUUCUCUCAACAAGUUACAAGCAAUGAAUUGUGGCCAGAGUAUGAGAUAAGAAAUGAGGAUGAAAUGAGUUUGAUUCCGAAGUCUGAUGAUAAUGAACACGAUAAGCAAUUGGUAUUGAAGAAGAGAUUGGAUGGCACCAUAUUUAUAUGGAGUCAUUGUUAGACUGUUUCAAGUUCUUGUUGACUCCUGCAAUAGAAAAUAGAACAGUGGUAAAUUUUGUUAAUUUGUGCAAUCUCCUCUUAAGGUGUCAAUUGACUCAAAGAUUUCAAUGAUUUUUAUUUUAUUAAAUUGUAUUAAAAUCAUAAUUUUAAUGAUUCAUUAAGUUUGGGCAGGCA